AUGGCCAGUCUGCAGGGGGUGUGGUCAGUCUGCAGGGGAAGUGGUCAGUCUGCAGGGGGUGUGGUCAGUCUGCAGGGGGUGUGGUCAGUCUGCAGGGGGUAUGGCCAGUCUGCAGGGGGUGUGGUCAGUCUGCAGGGGAAGUGGUCAGUCUGCAGGGGGUGUGGUCAGUCUGCAGGGGAAGUGGUCAGUCUGCAGGGGAAGUGGUCAGUCUGCAGGGGGUAUGGCCAGUCUGCAGGGGGUGUGGUCAGUCUGCAGGGGGUGUGGUCAGUCUGCAGGGGGUGUGGUCAGUCUGCAGGGGGUAUGGCCAGUCUGCAGGGGGUGUGGUCAGUCUGCAGGGGAAGUGGUCAGUCUGCAGGGGGUGUGGUCAGUCUGCAGGGGAAGUGGUCAGUCUGCAGGGGAAGUGGUCAGUCUGCAGGGGGUAUGGCCAGUCUGCAGGGGGUGUGGUCAGUCUGCAGGGGAAGUGGUCAGUCUGCAGGGGGUGUGGUCAGUCUGCAGGGGAAGUGGUCAGUCUGCAGGGGGUGUGGUCAGUCUGCAGGGGGUGUGGUCAGUCUGCAGGGGGUGUGGUCAGUCUGCAGGGGGUGUGGCCAGUCUGCAGGGGGUGUGGCCAGUCUGCAGGGGGUGUGGUCAGUCUGGCUGUUGUUACCAGCGGUAACAGCAGCCUGUAACGACGCGUCACACCAUCUCUGUCUCCUCUGA